UGUGGCCCUCUCCAUUCACUAUCUGCAUUCAAAAACACGUUCGGUUGACUGGAUUGGCCAGAGACAAGUCUCCGGAUUGGUUGCCUAUUCCCGUCAAACCUGACGUGUUUACUGUUAUCAGCUUGUCUUGUGUUUAUCAAAAUUCCAGUGAUUUAAUCCAGAACAACUGCACUGAACUACGUGGACAGCGUCCGCUGGACUGGUUGCCAUGUCCUUGGAAACCCGAUACAACCUAAAGAGCCCCGGGGUGAAACGCCUCAUGAGGGAAGCGUUGGAGCUGGCCAACCCUACCGAGGAAUACCAUGUGUGUCCUUUGGAGGACAACCUGUUUGAAUGGCACUUCACAGUGAGGGGGCCCUCAGAGACGGAGUUUGAGGGGGGUUAUUAUCACGGCAGAAUUCUGCUGCCCCCGCAGUACCCUAUGCAGCCCCCCAAUAUCAUUUUACUGACGCCAAACGGGCGUUUUGAAGUAAAUAAAAAGAUCUGCCUCUCCAUUUCCGGUUUCCAUCCGGAAACGUGGCAGCCCUCUUGGUCGAUCCGAACAGCUCUUCUGGCCCUGAUUGCCUUCAUGCCGUCCAAAGGUGCUGGAACCAUUGGGUCGUUGGAUUACACGCCCGAAGAGCGGCAAUUGCUUGCAAAGAAGUCCAAAAGCUGGGAAUGUCCCACUUGCGGGAAAAUCGCCGACACUUUAGUCUCGGCAGAGAAAACGCCGGUUUUAACCCAAGAGGAGAACAGCAUGCUGCAAACGAUCACCCUGAAGACAGAAGAGGACAAGAGUGAAAAGGCACCGCCUGCGGAAGAAGGCGACGAAGCUGAAACCGUUAAGUCGGACAUCUCGCAGGAUCUGAGACAGAGAAAUGUGCCGAGCACUUCGCAGAUGCAAACUCAGGUCGUGGACGAUAUCCUCAGAACCAGCAUUGAGAGGAGCAACAGAGACAAAUUUUGGAAAGUCAUCAUUAGCAUAAUCGUCGCCCUCAUAGCGCUUUUGGUUCUGCGACGGGUGCUGUUUACGUAACCCUCAGUUUUGUUGGGCAGAACCAAGCUUGCGCUAUCGCCGAUAUUCCAGGAUGUUUCCAGUAUUAUUUUAGCUUAGUUUCUACAUACAGUAGAUGCAAUCGGUUCGCAUGCAUUGUUGUUGCGUGUAUUGAGGAAAUAAUGUACAUUUAUCCAGUAGGUGUUUGAAUAAACGUUGUUAAUGUAAA